CGUAUUCGAAUCUUUGCGGAUACAAACAAUAUCAGUGAAAACAUGGACGUGGAGAGUGGUACUUGUCAGGGAAACGAGGAUUCUGGUCCCAGUGAGUCCGGCAUUAAGAUCCCGGACAGGAUGCUGAAACGAGAACAAGAUAGGCUUGAGGACGUGGAGAGAAAGAAAGAAGCGAAAAAUAGCCAGUCUGUCACGGAGGAGAAGAGUGGGUUCUUCACCGCGACUUUCAGUAGUGAAAGGGCGACUAUCGAGGAGUUACUGGAGGGCUGCUCGGGGGCUACUGACCGCGCCCUGGCCACUCAAACCUUGGAGGAAGUGACUACUAAAACACAGCUCCUCCAGAAGUUUCUAAACGAUAGCAUGGUGUUUUUACCGCAGUACGAGCUGAGACAGGCCCAGGCGGCGCUCCAGAAACUACAGAACUGUCUGGCCGAGAAGAGAGACGAGAUUCUCCCCAAGAAGAAGUUCGCCUUUAGGUCGCGCGCAGCAAAUACACCCAAAGUAGACCCACCAGCUCCACCUGUAACGCCUAAGGAUUCUGGCCGAACUAAAGUGGACGGAGCCGUAAGCCCCCCAGAGCAGUGUGGCUUCUCCCACUUUGAGGGCCAGGUGCUGACCAAGUCAGGGGAGGAGAUUAAACAACAGGAUGUUCUACUGACCCACCUGACCAACUGCAAGGUCAGACUCCUGGGCUCCCCCAGCACCGUCCACAUCAAACACGUCCAGAACUGUGAAAUCUUCUCUGGCCCAGUGUCCAGCUCUGUGUUUGUGGACCACUGCACCGGCAGCACCCUCUCCUUCCCAUGCCAGCAGCUACGGACUCACCACACCACCGACACACAGGUCUAUCUGCAUGUCACCAGUCGCGCCAUCAUAGAGGACUGCCAAGGGGUGCGCUUUGCCCCCUUUGCCUGGUCCUACCUGGGUCUGGACCAGGACUUCAAGGUGUCUGGUCUGGAUCGGGAGAGGAACAACUGGAACCAGGUGGAUGAUUUUAACUGGCUGGCCUUAGGUACCCAAUCUCCUAACUGGUCUGUCAUUCCAGAAACGGAGAGAAGAACAGAGUGGGACUCAUAGAGACAUUAGUAUACAAAGAGCCUGUCAAUCAAAGAAAUACAUUUUUCUUAUUUUCUUUUAGCCCUGAUGUGACAAAGCCUUACGUGACUUUGCUUUUCAUGCUGAUGAGUUGUUCCAUCGUACUCACAGUUGUUCCAUAGAUGUCCUGACAGGGUUAACCAUUAAAUAAAUAUUGGGUAAUAUUCACGGUAGCGUGCUGCCUGUAAUCUUUAAUAUUUCCUCACAGGGAGGGAAAAAGUUGCUGCAUUACUGCUUUCUCACGACCAUACUGAGCAAUAAACAGAAUAUGUUAACCACAGGUAAUGUGUUAACCACAGGUAACACAGCUUAUUUAAUCAGAAGGACCAUCUUAGUCCUUAAAUGCCAUCUUAUGUUUACAAACAGCACUUGUUCUGUCAUUAUUCUCCCAUCUAUAAAGCACUAAAUACCUCACUGUAUCUGUUCUUCUGAUUAAGUGGUCUGGAGUAAAUACUAGAUAUGUGAAUAAAGGGUUUGGCUGACACCAACCA